AUGCCGCCCACAGCCCCGCGGGUCGGGGACACCCAGAACCAGGCGUGGAAAAAUGACAAGAGCAAGUUCGGGCUCAAGAUGAUGCAGAAGAUGGGGUGGACCGAGGGCAAGGGCCUCGGCAAGAACGAGGAUGGUGUGUCCGAGCACGUCAAGGUGUCCAAGAAGUCCAACAACCUGGGGCUAGGAGCGACGCACGACUCGUCGGGAGCCGCGGGCUGGGCGAGCGCAGCGGACGUCAAGGGCUUCAGCGCGGCGGAACUGCGAGCCAUCCUCGGCCAAGCUGCCACCACCGCCGACCCCUCGCUCCCCUCGUACCCGGUAGUUCGGGGCGGCUACGGCGCCGAAGCAGCGGCUGCAGCAGCAACAGAUCCGAAAAUCUCGAAGAAAAAGUCCUCCAACAAGAAAAGCAAGGGAUCCAAGUCGACGACGCUCGACGCGCCGCCGCGCCGGCCGCGCACGCGAUCGAUGGACGAAACCGCCCCCCUCGCUGAACCCGCAGCCAUCGUCGGCGGAAAGAGGCCGAGAGACCAACCCGUCGAUCACGCAGGGGAAGGCGAAGAGGCGGAGGGAGAAGCGGCGGCAAGUAGUACCACCGCCAGCGCACCGCGCAAGUCCAAGAAGAAAAAGGGCGGAGCGAGCGAGGGGGAGGGGGAGGGAUGCGAGACAGCGCCGGUCGCCGGGAGCAGCAAGGAUAAGAAACGAGCGAAGAAGAGCAAGAAACACAAAGGCCGAUGA